CCUACCAGUGCCAGUGCCCUCAGGGCUUCACAGGCCAGUACUGUGACAGCCUGUAUGUGCCCUGUGCACCCUCGCCUUGUGUCAAUGGAGGCACCUGUCGGCAGACUGGUGACUUCACUUUUGAGUGCAACUGCCUUCCAGAAAUGAGGUAUAGGGGAGAGAAACACGUACUUGGAAAGAAUUGACCCAGCUGAAUUGGAAAAUGUGGGAAGGGGAUGGGGAAGAGGCUGCUCCACCUGAGAUCUGGCUCCAGGACUUACAGCAAGGGGAACUUGGGCAAGUUACAGACUCUCUAUGCCUCAGUUUCUUCAUCAGCAAAACAGAAUCAUCCCAUAAACUAUAAGGUCGAUGGUAUCAGCGGGUCCCCAAACUGACUGCACAUCUGAGUCAUGUUAACAAACACAUUCCAGGCCCCACCUGAGCCCUCUGAAUCAGAAUCCCUGCAAGGAGGACGAUGAACUUGAAUUUGCACUGACUUUCCCAGCUGUUUCUUACUCUGAUCAACUUGGGGGUAGGACCCAUUGAGCUGCAUCACGUCAUUCCAAAGCCAAAACACAACAGCAGGACAAGAAUAUUUUCAAGGCAGUCUCUAAAGCAGAGGAGAAACUGUUGAGGGAACCUAGAAGUAAAGGAGAUCUGGCUUGCUGGGCUCCAUUUGAACUUUGAGUACAACAGAGACAUGAGCCCUUCGGGACACAUGCCUGAGGUAGUGACAGUCCAACUUUGGAAGAGUGGAAGCCCUAGUUUCAAAUUCAAGCAUGCUUUGAGUAGAAAUUAAGUUUACCUCUUUUUGCACAGCAACAUGGCCAAUCUUUCCUAAGCUGCUCAGCUUACAAGAAAAGGAAUCAUACUGCUAAGAAUUCAAACUUCAGCAGUCAUAGGGAGCCUUGGGAGGACCCCGAAUCGCUGAUGGAAUUGGGCAGUGCAUGGAGAUGGCUCAGCAGGACGAGGUGCUGAAAACUCAUCCCUUUGUGACCUCAAGUAACCCAUGACACUUUGUGAACCUGCAGUUUUUUCAUUUAGAAACUUGACAGAUUUUCAUUCUGACACAGAAUGUCAGGUCUCCCAGACCCUAGAAAAUACAUUGACUUAAAGCCUUUGAUACAUCUCAAAGCAGUAUCCUUACAGUGUCACUGGAAGAUGGUGCGGGCUGCAGAGAGGGAUGCUUUCAAAUGGGAUUAACCAGUCCUCCUUCCUUCACUUCCACAUGAAUGCUGGGCAGCCCAGGGUCAACCCACUGCACCCUCAACUCAGGCAAGUCCAGCAGCCAAUCUUAGGAGACCUGGGCUACAGAACAGUCUCUCAAGUUCCAGGCUCACAAAACCUAGGUGGGGAUGAAAGCUGAGAAAGCGAAGAGGUGGUUCAGGGGAUCACUCCUACUUGUUCCUCUCACCUCAAACUCACCUUCUACUGCACAGCAACACUGAGGAUCGCCAACCAACCCUGACCAUAACCUUGAUCUUGCCAUGUUCUGUUAGUGGAAUGCAACCCAAAAUCAAUGGUGUUAGGUCAUCUCAACAAAAUAUAUAUCAAACCAUAUUCCAUAAGAACUGCUCGUGGCCCUGUUCUUUUCAGUAUAUGGCAAAACAAAAUGGAAACAACAAAAUAGCAUCAGGUUUACAAAACUUCCCAAGAUAGAUGGUCACACAUGUUUUCAGGAGACCUCUAUAUAAAUGACUUUGAUCACUUGAUACCUUGAAAAGAGGUCUUGUGGCACUAGAAUGACAUCUAUAAGUGACAAGUAUAAAAUGUAGUGCUCAGUGACAUUAAAAAACAAAUCAACCCACAUAGAGGAAGAGCUUUGGACGUAGGGAUGUCAAACUGGUCUAGAAUGUAAUGAAAACCCAAGAAGGUGCCCCAGUAAGAAAGAAGAAAUCAGUCUAACAAUGGGAUGCAGCAGCAAGAAUACUGAGACAGGAAAGAAAACAUUUUAAAAAAAUGAAUUAUUCAUUCACUUUCUAGUGGAUACAGAAAAAACUGCAGAAGACCCGGAGGAUAUCAGGGCAGGCUAAAAGUUUGAUAUCUUACACCUGUGGAAAAGCCUUAAGCUCUGUUUUAACUGAGAGCAGGUGGGGUGACUUCAUGACUACCAUUAAGAAAAUAUAACCUGUUGGGAAACUGUUUCUGCCUUGAUGAUGUUGUACAGACAAGAGACAAACAGUGAGGAAUAUGCUUAGAUGUAUUGGGAAAGACACGGGUCUGUGGCAUUGUCACAAGGGUACACGAAUACUGAGAGUGAAUGCUGAAGGAAUGAUCCCCAUUGGUGGUGACCCUCAGGUGAGACUAGGGUGCCUGUGUUUCAGCAAAGCCUGGGCAAUUGCAAUGCAGGGCUCCUAAGAUUCCAUGACACUCCCACCUUCUAAUUCUGUUAUGGCAACUGCAGACGGUUACCUGGCACGCUGGCCACAUUCUACCUCACUCUUAUCAGAGUCUGAGCUACUGGCAGUGCUUUCAGCUCUGAGUUCAGGCACCUCGAACCUUGUUUUUGUGGUGAAGGAUCCUAAAGUGCUGUGGGGAGUGAUCACAUUUUUCACAACAUCCCUGGCCCCACCUCUUCUGCCACAAACGUCAGCAUGUGGUAUCAGCCGGCCCUUUGUCCAGCGAGAAGGCAGAGAUGAACAUUCUAGAAAUCAACGAGAAAUUGCGCCCCCAGCUGGCAGAGAAGAAACAGCAGUUCAGAAGCCUCCAAGAGAAAUGUUUUGUAACUCAACUGGCCGGCUUCCUGGCCAACGGACAGAAGAAAUACAAAUAUGAAGAGUGCGAAGACCUCAUAAAAUCUAUGCUGAGGAAUGAGCGACGACAGUUCAAGGAGGAGAAGCUUGCGGAGCAGCUCAAGCAAGCUGAGGAGCUCAGGCAAUAUAAAGUCCUGGUUCACUCUCAGGAACGAGAGCUGACCCAGUUAAAGGAGAAGUUACGGGAAGGGAGAGAUGCCUCCCGCUCAUUGAAUGAGCAUCUCCAGGCCCUCCUCACUCCGGAUGAGCCGGACAAGUCCCAGGGGCAGGACCUCCAAGAACAGCUGGCUGAGGGGUGUAGACUGGCCCAGCAACUUGUCCAAAAGCUCAGCCCAGAAAAUGACGAAGAUGAGGAUGAAGAUGUUCAAGUUGAGGAGGCUGAGAAGGUGCAGAAAUCAUCUCCCCCCAGGGAGGUGCAGAAGGCUGAAGAGAGCAAAGUCCCUGAGGACUCACUGGAGGAAUGUGCCAUCACUUGUUCAAAUAGCCACGGCCCUUGUGACUCCAACCAGCCUCACAAGAACAUCAAAAUCACAUUUGAGGAAGACGAAGUCAACUCAACUCUGGUUGUAGACAGAGAAUCCUCUCAUGAUGAAUGUCAGGAUGCUCUAAACAUUCUCCCAGUCCCUGGCCCCACCUCUUCUGCCACAAACGUCAGCAUGGUGGUAUCAGCCGGCCCUUUGUCCAGCGAGAAGGCAGAGAUGAACAUUCUAGAAAUCAAUGAGAAAUUGCGCCCCCAGCUGGCAGAGAAGAAACAGCAGUUCAGAAGCCUCCAAGAGAAAUGUUUUGUAACUCAACUGGCCGGCUGCCUGGCCAACGGACAGAAGAAAUACAAAUAUGAAGAGUGCGAAGACCUCAUAAAAUCUAUGCUGAGGAAUGAGCGACGACAGUUCAAGGAGGAGAAGCUUGCGGAGCAGCUCAAGCAAGCUGAGGAGCUCAGGCAAUAUAAAGUCCUGGUUCACUCUCAGGAACGAGAGCUGACCCAGUUAAAGGAGAAGUUACGGGAAGGGAGAGAUGCCUCCCGCUCAUUGAAUGAGCAUCUCCAGGCCCUCCUCACUCCGGAUGAGCCGGACAAGUCCCAGGGGCAGGACCUCCAAGAACAGCUGGCUGAGGGGUGUAGACUGGCCCAGCAACUUGUCCAAAAGCUCAGCCCAGAAAAUGACGAAGAUGAGGAUGAAGAUGUUCAAGUUGAGGAGGCUGAGAAGGUGCAGAAAUCAUCUCCCCCCAGGGAGGUGCAGAAGGCUGAAGAGAGCAAAGUCCCUGAGGACUCACUGGAGGAAUGUGCCAUCACUUGUUCAAAUAGCCACGGCCCUUGUGACUCCAACCAGCCUCACAAGAACAUCAAAAUCACAUUUGAGGAAGACGAAGUCAACUCAACUCUGGUUGUAGACAGAGAAUCCUCUCAUGAUGAAUGUCAGGAUGCUCUAAACAUUCUCCCAGUCCCUGGCCCCACCUCUUCUGCCACAAACGUCAGCAUGGUGGUAUCAGCCGGCCCUUUGUCCAGCGAGAAGGCAGAGAUGAACAUUCUAGAAAUCAAUGAGAAAUUGCGCCCCCAGCUGGCAGAGAAGAAACAGCAGUUCAGAAGCCUCCAAGAGAAAUGUUUUGUAACUCAACUGGCCGGCUGCCUGGCCAACGGACAGAAGAAAUACAAAUACGAAGAGUGCGAAGACCUCAUAAAAUCUAUGCUGAGGAAUGAGCGACGACAGUUCAAGGAGGAGAAGCUUGCGGAGCAGCUCAAGCAAGCUGAGGAGCUCAGGCAAUAUAAAGUCCUGGUUCACUCUCAGGAACGAGAGCUGACCCAGUUAAAGGAGAAGUUACGGGAAGGGAGAGAUGCCUCCCGCUCAUUGAAUGAGCAUCUCCAGGCCCUCCUCACUCCGGAUGAGCCGGACAAGUCCCAGGGGCAGGACCUCCAAGAACAGCUGGCUGAGGGGUGUAGACUGGCCCAGCAACUUGUCCAAAAGCUCAGCCCAGAAAAUGACAACGAUGACGAUGAAGAUGUUCAAGUUGAGGUGGCUGAGAAAGUGCAGGAAUCGUCUGCCCCCAGGGAGAUGCAGAAGGCUGAAGAAAAGGAAGUCCCUGAGGACUCACUGGAGGAAUGUGCCAUCACUUGUUCAAAUAGCCAUGGCCCUUUUGACUCCAACCAGCCACAUAGGAAAACCAAAAUCACAUUUGAGGAAGACAAAGUCGACUCAACUCUCAUUGGCUCAUCCUCUCAUGUUGAAUGGGAGGAUGCUGUACACAUUAUUCCAGAAAAUGAAAGUGAUGAUGAGGAAGAGGAAGAAAAAAGGCCAGUGUCUCCCAGGAAUCUGCAGGAGUCUGAAGAGGAGGAAGUCCCCCAGGAGGCCUGGGAUGAAGGUUAUUCGACUCUCUCAAUUCCUCCUGAAAUGUUGGCCCCGUACCAGUCUUACAGCAGCACAUUUCACUCAUUAGAGGAACAGCAAGUCUGCAUGGCUGUUGACAUAGGCAGACAUCGGUGGGAUCAAGUGAAAAAGGACGACCAAGAGGCAACAGGUCCCAGGCUCAGCAGGGAGCUGCUGGAUGAGAAAGGGCCUGAAGUCUUGCAGGACUCACUGGAUAGAUGUUAUUCAACUCCUUCAGGUUGUCUUGAACUGACUGACUCAUGCCAGCCCUACAGAAGUGCCUUUUACGUAUUGGAGCAACAGCGUGUUGGCUUGGCUGUUGACAUGGAUGAAAUUGAAAAGUACCAAGAAGUGGAAGAAGACCAAGACCCAUCAUGCCCCAGGCUCAGCAGGGAGCUGCUGGAUGAGAAAGGGCCUGAAGUCUUGCAGGACUCACUGGAUAGAUGUUAUUCGACUCCUUCAGGUUAUCUUGAACUGCCUGACUUAGGCCAGCCCUACAGCAGUGCUGUUUACUCAUUGGAGGAACAGUACCUUGGCUUGGCUCUUGACGUGGACAGAAUUAAAAAGGACCAAGAAGAGGAAGAAGACCAAGGCCCACCAUGCCCCAGGCUCAGCAGGGAGCUGCUGGAGGUAGUAGAGCCUGAAGUCUUGCAGGACUCACUGGAUAGAUGUUAUUCAACUCCUUCCAGUUGUCUUGAACAGCCUGACUCCUGCCAGCCCUAUGGAAGUUCCUUUUAUGCAUUGGAGGAAAAACAUGUUGGCUUUUCUCUUGACGUGGGAGAAAUUGAAAAGAAGGGGAAGGGGAAGAAAAGAAGGGGAAGAAGAUCAAAGAAGAAAAGAAGAAGGGGAAGAAAAGAAGGGGAAGAAGAUCAAAACCCACCAUGCCCCAGGCUCAACGGCGUGCUGAUGGAAGUGCAAGAGCCUGAAGUCUUACAGGACUCACUGGAUAGAUGUUAUUCGACUCCGUCAAUGUACUUUGAACUACCUGACUCAUUCCAGCCCUACAGCAGUGUGUUUUACUCAUUUGAGGAACAGCACAUCAGCUUCGCCCUUUACGUGGACAAUAGGUUUUUUACUUUGACGGUGACAAGUCUCCACCUGGUGUUCCAGAUGGAAGUCAUAUUCCCACAAUAAGCAGCCCUUACUAAGCCGAGAGAUGUCAUUCCUGCAGGCAGGACCUAUAGGCACGUGAAGAUUUGAAUGAAAGUACAGUUCCAUUUGGAAGCCCAGACAUAGGAUGGGUCAGUGGGCAUGGCUCUAUGCCUAUUCUCAAACCAUGCCAUUGGCAACCUGUGCUCAGUCUGAAGACAAUGGACCCAAAUUAGGUGUGACACUUUCACAUAACUGUGCAGCACAUGCCGGGAGUGAUCAGUCAGACAUUUUAAUUUGAACCACGUAUCUCUGGGUAGCUACAAAAUUCCUCAGGGAUUUCAUUUUGCAGGCAUGUCUCUGAGCUUCUAUACCUGCUCAAGGUCAGUGUCAUCUUUGUGUUUAGCUCAUCCAAAGGUGUUACCCUGGUUUCAAUGAACCUAACCUCAUUCUUUGUGUCUUCAGUGUUGGCUUGUUUUAGCUGAUCCAUCUGUAACACAGGAGGGAUCCUUGGCUGAGGAUUGUAUUUCAGAACCACAACUGCUCUUGACAAUUGUUAACCCGCUAGGCUCCUUUGGUUAGAGAAGUCACCGUCUUUCAGCCUCCAAUUGGUGUCAGUACUUAGGAAGACCACAGCUAGAUGGACAAACAGCAUCGGGAGGCCUUAGCCCUGCUCCUCUCCAUUCCAUCCUGUAGAGAACAGGAGUCAGGAGCCGCUGGCAGGAGACAGCAUGUCACCCAGGACUCUGCCGGUGCAGAAUAUGAACAAUGCCAUGUUCUUGCAGAAAACGCUUAGCCUGAGUUUCAUAGGAGGUAAUCACCAGACAACUGCAGAAUGUAGAACACUGAGCAGGACAACUGACCUGUCUCCUUCACAUAGUCCAUAUCACCACAAAUCACACAACAAAAAGGAGAAGAGAUAUUUUGGGUUCAAAAAAAGUAAAAAGAUAAUGUAGCUGCAUUUCUUUAGUUAUUUUGAACCCCAAAUAUUUCCUCAUCUUUUUGUUGUUGUCAUGGAUGGUGGUGACAUGGACUUGUUUAUAGAGGACAGGUCAGCUGUCUGGCUCAAUGAUCUACAUUCUGAAGUUGUCUGAAAAUGUCUUCAUGAUUAAAUUCAGCCUAAACGUUUUGCCGGGAACACUGCAGAGACAAUGCUGUGAGUUUCCAACCUCAGCCCAUCUGCGGGCAGAGAAGGUCUAGUUUGUCCAUCACCAUUAUGAUAUCAGGACUGGUUACUUGGUUAAGGAGGGGUCUAGGAGAUCUGUCCCUUUUAGAGACACCUUACUUACAAUGAAGUACUUGGGAAAGUGGUUUUCAAGAGUAUAAAUAUCCUGUAUUCUAAUGAUCAUCCUCUAAACAUUUUAUCAUUUAUUAAUCCUCCCUGCCUGUGUCUAUUAUUAUAUUCAUAUCUCUACACUGCAAAUUUUGGGUCUCAAUUUUUACUGUGCCUUUGUUUUUACUAGUGUCUGCUGUUGCAAAAGGAAGAAAACAUUCUCUGCCUGAGUUUUAAUUUUUGUCCAAAGUUAAUUUUAAUCUAUACAAUUAAAACCUUUUGCCUAUCA